AGAGAGAGAGAGAGAGAGAGAGAGAGAGGAGUUGGUAGUGAAGGAAAGAAACCAAAGGCACACAUAUAAACACAAAAGAGAGAAGAAGGCUUCUUCACACCAAGCAAGAAGAAAGAAGUAUAGAAAGCCACAAAAGGAAGGGAAAGAAUUUCAUGUCAGUUUUCUUUUGCUUAGCUUAGCUUAGCUUUGCCCUUCUUCUGCAGAGAGAAACAAAAAAAAAAAAAAACAAAUAACAAAAAGGAAUUAAGGUCUUAGAGAGGGGAAAGAGAAGAUCGAAAUGGGGAGAGGUAGGGUUGAGCUGAAGAGGAUUGAGAACAAGAUCAACAGGCAAGUAACCUUUGCAAAGAGAAGGAAUGGACUUUUGAAGAAAGCCUACGAGCUUUCUGUUCUUUGCGAUGCUGAAGUUGCCCUCAUCAUCUUCUCCAAUCGUGGCAAGCUCUAUGAGUUUUGCAGUAGCUCAAGCAUGCUCAAAACCUUGGAGAGGUACCAGAAAUGUAAUUAUGGAGCACCAGAAUCCACUGUCUCAGCUAGGGAAGCCCUGGAGAUAAGCAGUCAGCAGGAGUAUCUGAAGCUUAAAGCCCGCUAUGAGGCGCUGCAAAGGUCUCAAAGGAACUUGCUCGGAGAAGACCUAGGGCCUCUAAGCACUAAGGAACUCGAGUCACUUGAAAGGCAGCUUGACAUGUCACUGAAGCAGAUCAGAUCUACAAGAGUAUGUAAUGGGAAAUAUAGAUUCAAUUUACUGUAUUUACAGACCCAGUACAUGUUGGACCAGCUCACUGAUUUACAGCGCAAGGAACACUUGCUGAAUGAGGCAAAUAAGACCCUGAAACAAAGGCUGAUGGAAGGGUACCAAAUAAGCAACACGCUGCAGUUGAACCCUGGUCCAGAAGACUAUGGCAGACACCAAGCCCAUCAUCAGCCGCAGGGUGAUGGCUUUUUUCAUCCCUUGGACUGCGAACCCACUUUACAGAUUGGAUAUCAGCCAGAUCCAACACUAACGGAUUUGACAGUAGCAACGGCCGGUCCCAGUGUGAAUAACUACAUGCCAGGAUGGCUGCCAUGACCUGUGCUGUGGCCCAACACUUCCAUCUGCUACAAUGCAUGGAAACGUCAUAAUAUUGCAGCAUAAGAAGCUUCAUCUAAGCACACAAGUUUAUUUUUUCCUAUUUCAUUUUUUUUGAUUUGGAACAAGUUGCAGAUGGCUAAACUGAUAUCGAUCUAUCUAUGUAUGCUAGAACUAUCCUAGGGGGAAGAAGGAAAACGGUUGGGCAAGUUAUGUUUCUUUUGGUUGUUAUGUGUGCUGAUGUGUUAUUGAACAAUAAUUUUGCUCCAUAUAUAUCAACUGGUUUUCUUUGUGUGCCAUGGAUUUUUUGUUAUAUGAUGUAAGGAAGUGGUUAAGUACCAUACAUGGGCUUGUAUAAAAUGCAAC